AUGAACUUUUUCGGAGUUCUGUCGUUUACUGCUCCGUAUUUGCCGUGGGUUUUGCUGCUAUUCUCCCUCUUGUUGGGAAAUAACGCCAUUGUAGACUUCAUGGGAAUCGCUUGCGGUCACUUUUACUUCUUCUUGGAAGACGUGUUCCCUCAUCAGCAACAUGGAAUGCGUUUGCUGGUGACACCUGCCUGGCUGAAAUGGCUCUUCGAUGAGCGGACAGUUGAACCGGUGACGGAAGACGAGCGACCAGGAGGAUUUGGGUGGGGUGUUGAUGCUGAGUGA